AUGGGAGAUGACCAUGGCCAACACAAGCUGACCGUGGCCACCUCCACUGACCAUGGCCAACACCAAACAACCGCAUCCAACCCAACCCAACCCAACCCAACCCAGCCCAAGCCAAGCACCCCGAGCUGCCCGCCCUGGUGUCACCCUCACGUCCCCCCUGUCCCCCGCCAGGUCCACCCGCUCUUCUCCACCAUCUACAACUCCAUCUACUUCCUGGCCACGGCGGUGGAGGCGGCGCGCCGCAGCGGCCGCUGGGUGAUGGGCACCAGCGUGGCCGACCACGCCCGCGACUUCCAGCUCCAGGGCUUCUGCCAGACCUUCACCGUGGACCGGGACGGCGACGUCUCGGUGCCCUACGUGGUGCUGGACACGGACGGCAAGGGCCACCACCUGUGGGCGGUCUACGGGCUGGAGCCGGGCACGCGCGGCCUCAGCUACCGCAGCCACAGCCCCCACUGGCCCCACAGCGCCAGCCCGGCCACCGACGCCGGCUGCUGGUUCGACUCCGGCGCCAUCUGCAACGGCGGGAUGGACGCCGGCUUCGUCUUCUUCCUCUUCCUCCUCAUCGCCGCCCUCGUCGCGGCCGGCGCCGCCCUGGCCUGCCACAUCAGGUGGGUGGCCCUGGUGGCCCUGGUGGCCCCAGUGUCCCUGGUGGCCUUGGUGGUCUUGGGUGACUGGGUGUGGCUGAAGAAGUUCCCGGGGGAGCAGCACACGGAGGUGAAACCGGCCACCAAGCUGGCCUUCUGCAAGGGUGACUGGGUGUGGCUGAAGAAGUUCCCGGGGGAGCAGCACACGGAGGUGAAACCGGCCACCAAGCUGGCCUUCUGCAAGGGUGACUGGGUGUGGCUGAAGAAGUUCCCGGGGGAGCAGCACACGGAGGUGAAACCGGCCACCAAGCUGGCCUUCUGCAAG